AUGCAGAACACUACAUACAGGAAUGGCUAUGGUGUAUCUUCAGAGCCGACCACGACAUACAUAAAUGAUGGUGGUGUAUCUUCAGAGCCGACCACGACAUACAUAGAUGAUGGUGGUGUAUCUUCAGAGCCGACCACGACAUACAUAGAUGAUGGUGGUGUAUCUUCAGAGCCGACCACGACAUACAUAGAUGAUGGUGGUAUAUCUUCAGAGCCGACCACGACAUACAUAGAUGAUGGUGGUGUAUCUUCAGAGCCGACCACGACAUACAUAGAUGAUGGUGGUGUAUCUUCAGAGCCGACCACGACAUACAUAGAUGAUGGUGGUGUAUCUUCAGAGCAGACCACGACAUACAUAGAUGAUGGUGGUGUAUCUUCAGAGCAGACCACGACAUACAUAGAUGAUGGUGGUGUAUCUUCAGAGCCGACCACGACAUACAUAGAUGAUGGUGGUGUAUCUUCAGAGCAGACCACGACAUACAUAGAUGAUGGUGGUGUAUCUUCAGAGCAGACCACGACAUACAUAGAUGAUGGUGGUGUAUCUUCAGAGCCGACCACGACAUACAUAGAUGAUGGUGGUAUAUCUUCAGAGCCGACCACGACAUACAUAGAUGAUGGUGGUGUAUCUUCAGAGCAGACCACGACAUACAUAGAUGAUGGUGGUGUAUCUUCAGAGCAGACCAUGACAUACAUAGAUGAUGGUGGUGUAUCUUCAGAGCAGACCAUGACAUACAUAGAUGAUGGUGGUGUAUCUUCAAAACAGACCACGACAUACAUAGAUGAUGGUGGUGUAUCUUCAGAUUCGACCACGACACACAUAGAUGAUGGUGGUGUAUCUUCAGAGCAGACCGCGACAUACAUGGAUGAUGGUGGUGUAUCUUCAGAUUCGACCACGACACACAUAGAUGAUGGUGGUGUAUCUUCAGAGCAGACCACGACAUACAUAGAUGAUGGUGGUGUAUCUUCAGAGCAGACCACGACACACAUAGAUGAUGAUGGUGUACCGUCAAAGCGGACCACGACAUACAUAGAUGAUGGUGGUGUAUCUUCAGAGCAGACCACGACAUACAUAGAUGAUGGUGGUGUAUCUUCAGAGCAGACCACGACACACAUAGAUGAUGGUGGUGUAUCUUCAGAGCAGACCACGACAUACAUAGAUGAUGGUGGUGUAUCUUCAGAGCAGACCACGACAUACAUAGAUGAUGGUGGUGUAUCUUCAGAGCAGACCACGACAUACAUAGAUGAUGGUGGUGUAUCUUCAGAGCAGACCACGACAUACAUAGAUGAUGGUGGUGUAUCUUCAGAGCAGACCACGACACACAUAGAUGAUGGUGGUGUAUCUUCAGAGCAGACCACGACAUACAUAGAUGAUGGUGGUGUAUCUUCAGAGCAGACCACGACAUACAUAGAUGAUGGUGGUGUAUCUUCAGAGCAGACCACGACACACAUAGAUGAUGGUGGUAUAUCUACAGAGCAGACCACGACACACAUAGAUGAUGGUGGUGUAUCUUCAGAGCAGACCACGACAUACAUAGAUGAUGGUGGUGUAUCUUCAGAGCAGACCACGACACACAUAGAUGAUGGUGGUGUAUCUUCAGAGCAGACCACGACAUACAUAGAUGAUGGUGGUGUAUCUUCAGAGCAGACCACGACAUACAUAGAUGAUGGUGGUAUAUCUUCAGAGCAGACCACGACAUACAUAGAUGAUGGUGGUGUAUCUUCAGAGCAGACCACGACACACAUAGAUGAUGGUGGUGUAUCUUCAGAGCAGACCACGACAUACAUAGAUGAUGGUGGUGUAUCUUCAGAGCAGACCACGACAUACAUAGAUGAUGGUGGUAUAUCUUCAAAGCAGACCACGACAUACAUAGAUGAUGGUGGUGUAUCUUCAGAGCAGACCACGACACACAUAGAUGAUGGUGGUAUAUCUACAGAACAGACCACGACAUACAUAGAUGAUGGUGGUGUAUCUUCAGAACAGACGACGACAUACAUAGAUGAUGGUGGUGUAUCUUCAGAACAGACCACGACAUACAUAGAUGAUGGUGGUGUAUCUUCAGAGCCGACCACGACAUACAUAGAUGAUGGUGGUAUAUCUACAGAACAGACCACGACAUACAUAGAUGAUGGUGGUGUAUCUUCAGAACAGACGACGACAUACAUAGAUGAUGGUGGUGUAUCUUCAGAACAGACCACGACAUACAUAGAUGAUGGUGGUGUAUCUACAGAACAGACCACGACAUACAUAGAUGAUGGUGGUGUAUCUUCAGAACAGACCACGACAUACAUAGAUGAUGGUGGUGUAUCUUCAGAGCAGACCACGACACACAUAGAUGAUGGUGAGCAGACCACGACAUACAUAGAUGAUGGUGGUGUAUCUUCAGAGCAGACCACGACAUACAUAGAUGAUGGUGGUAUAUCUUCAGAGCAGACAACGACACACAUAGAUGAUGGUGGUAUAUCUUCAGAACAGACGACGACAUACAUAGAUGAUGGUGGUAUAUCUACAGAACAGACAACGACAUACAUAGAUGAUGGUGGUGUAUCUUCAGAGCCGACCACGACAUACAUAGAUGAUGGUGGUAUAUCUACAGAACAGACAACGACAUGCAUAGAUGAUGGUGGUGUAUCUUCAGAACAGACCACGACAUACAUAGAUGAUGGUGGUGUAUCUUCAGAGCAGACCACGACAUACAUAGAUGAUGGUGGUGUAUCUUUAGAGCAGACCACGACAUACAUAGAUGAUGGUGGUGUAUCUUCAAAGCAGACCACGAUAUACAUAGAUGAUGGUGGUGUAUCUUCAGAGCAGACCACGACACACAUAGAUGAUGGUGGUAUAUCUACAGAACAGACCACGACAUACAUAGAUGAUGGUGGUGUAUCUUCAGAGCAGACAACAAAAUUAAUGAACAACUAUGGUUUAUCAUUGAAGACAGCUGUGGGGGAAAAAAGUAAGUAG